UGACCAACCUUUAUGGUUAAAAGGUGGCUAAAGCAAAUAGUGAAUAGAGUUGAAACAAUGGAAAAACUAAUCGUUUUGGCAGUGGUGGGAGUACUUAGUUCAGCAUGUUUGAUACAAGCAGGAUUGAUAGCAUCGAAAGGGAAAAAUGAUCUGCUGGAGCAAUACUAUCAUAAGUCAUCUACGGAUUGGGAUAAUAGCAAAGCUGAAGGUCCUUCGCAUACCUCAUGGAGUCCUUCCAUAGCCAAUACCACCUCUAGUCCUCCUACCACUGAAGGUCCUGUUGGAGGUGGUGUGGUUGUUAACGGUGACUGUGCUAUUCGUGUUACUGGUGACUUAAAUGAUCCUGCUCCCUUGUUUACCCCUGCUGGAAUAUUGGAUUGGCUUACACCCACCCCUACUGGAAUUGUGGAACUUAAAAAUGGUCAAUACAUUGAUAUGUACUGCAGAAAUUCGUUUGUGUCUCCCUUUGAGAACAUGACCAAAGUGACGGCGCAAUGUUUGCAGGGUCUCUACUUCUUGGUUGAUGGUAUCAUUUUGCCAUUCCACAACUUCAGCUGCACCGAAUGGCCUGUUUAUACUGCACGUAGCACGGGUCGCAAUUGUAGUGGAGGCACCGAUCUAUUGGCAGUGGGAUUUGAAGUGCAGGAUGGAUUUUUGCAAACUAUGGAUAUUUGCCAUGAUGAAGUGAAUGAGGUAACCAGAUAUGUGCAUCAUGUGCUCAACCCCUCAAGUGCUGCCUAUCAGAGAUCAGUGGCUCGUCCUCGCUUUAUAGAGGGGGAUUUUUAUGAAGGCAAGAAUGUGGAUCAGCUGUAUACCAAGAUUCAGCAAAAUAUCACCAUUAGCCAGAUUCUGGGCAUGGAUGCUUCACCCUACUUCAAUGAUUCCAUUGAUAUAUACAUGGCUCGAGGUCAUAUGGCUGCUAAGGUGGAUUUUAUUUUUGGAGCUCCUCAAAUGUCCACCUUCUUCUUUGUCAAUGUGGCACCGCAAUGGCAGGCCUUCAAUGGUGGCAAUUGGGAGCGUGUGGAGGAUGGUGUAAGGAAAUAUGUGGCCAACAACAACUUGACCACUGAUUGUUAUACUGGUGUUUGGGGCGUAUCUACUUUGGCCGAUGUCAAUGGAACUCAAAAGGAGUUGUAUUUAGCUUUUGAUGAAAACAACAAUGGUUUGAUACCAGUGCCCAAGAUCUACUUCCGAGUGGUGAUUGAUCGUCUCAGCCGUAAGGGCAUAGUCUUGGUGGGUGUCAAUAAUCCCCAUGCCUCUUUGGAGCAGAUUAUGAAGGAAUAUGUGGUGUGUGAGGAUAUAGGAGACAAGAUCAACUGGAUACAAUGGGCCAAGGAGGAUUUAUACAAGGGCUACUCGUAUGCCUGUUCAGUGCCAGAUUUCCUACAAGUAGUAAGACAUUUGCCUUUGGAGGAUUUGGAAACAACAGGUAUCUUAGGAAUCGAAGAAAAUAAUUCUCCCAAAGCCACCUGCUCGUUCCGUGUCAAUGGUGAUCUGAAGGACCCUGCUCCUUUGUAUACCCCCCAUGGAUAUUAUGAAUGGCUAAGUCCCAAUACCCAGGGAGUUGUGGAACUGAGGCAAGGAGAAUCCCUGGAUAUGUAUUGUACCAAAGCUUUUGUUGCUCCUUUUGAGAACUACACGCAUGUGACAGCCGAAUGCUUGAAUGGCUUCAAUUUCCAGGUUCAAGGACAGAGUUACAAUUUUAGCGAUUUCGUGUGUUCCAGUUGGCCAACAUAUACCGCCCGUCGCACAGGCCGUAACUGCAAUGGUGGCACCGAUCUCUUGGAAGUUGGCUUUGAAGUUGAAGGCGGGUUUCUGCAGACCAUGGAUGUAUGCCACAAUGAACUUGAGGAGGUCACACGUUAUGUCCAUCAUAUUUUGAAUCCUUCCAGCGGUUCAUAUCAACGUUCCGUUACUCGUCCAGGUUUUAAGCCUGGAGAUUUCUAUGCUGGCAAAAAUGUAGACAAUCUUUAUACCCAAGUCCAGCAGAACAACACCAUAAGCAACAUUUUGGGUAUGGACGCUUCACCUUACUUUGAGGGCCCUAGUAUUUAUUUGGCACGCGGCCACAUGGCUGCCAAGGUGGAUUUUAUUUUUGGUUCACCCCAAAGGGCAACCUUUUUCUUUGUCAAUGCUGCUCCCCAAUGGCAGGCCUUUAAUGCUGGCAACUGGGAACGUGUUGAGGAUGGUGUGAGAAAAUUUGUGGUCGAUCAAAAUAUGACAGUGGAUUGUUAUACCGGCAUUUGGGGAAUAGCCACCUUGCCUGAUGUCAAUGGCAUACCCAGGGAAUUGUAUUUGGCUUUUGAUGAGAACAACAAUGGCUUGAUACCAGUACCAAAAAUUUAUUUCCGUGUGGUCAUUGAUCGGGCCACUCGCAACGGCAUUGUUUUGAUAGGAGUCAAUAAUCCUCAUGCCUCUCUGGAGGAAAUACUGGAGGAUUAUGUGAUCUGUGAGGAUAUAGGCCACCAUAUUGACUGGAUCAACUGGGUCAAGGAGGAUUUGGUGAAGGGUUAUUCUUAUGCCUGCACGGUGCCAGAUUUCAUAAAGGUUGUCAGACAUUUGCCUUUGGAAGAUCUUCAGACUUCGGGAGUUUUAGGUCUACCAGACAUGGUCACCGAGGGGCCAGAGACAGUCGGAGAAAAUUCCCUUUAUAUACAAGAAAUUUAUUAAUGAGCUCCCAAAGUGUUUGUAGUUGGCAAAUAAAAAAAUCCGUUGAAAUGAGAA